CGCUCCGUGGUUUGCACCUUCCCAGAGGUGCCUUCGCUUGGGAUUACAAACAGAGAAAGGAGGAGAGCGGCCCCUCUGGGAUUAUGCUCUGGAGCAGCCGCAGCAAAAGAUGUGGCCAUGGUUGCCCACAGCAUGGCUAACAGCACCGCUCCUGUUCUUCUCCCCACCUUACUGCUCCUGCUGCAGAACAAGACCUACCCCGAAACCUCCACCCCUCCUGCUGCCUACGAGGGUACAGGGUCCCCCAUGGCGCCCAGAUCAGGCGGGAACCACACUGCCUUGCUCUACGACCUGAGGCCGGGGGAAAUUGCAGCAGCCGCCAUGGUUUGGGCAGUGCUGUGGCUGGUCUCCAUCUUUGGAAACUCCCUCGUUUGCUUAGUGAUCCACCGCAGCAGGAGGACACAGUCCACCACCAACUACUUCGUGGUGUCCAUGGCUUGUGCAGACCUUCUCCUCAGCAUCGCCAGCGCGCCCUUUGUGCUGCUCCACUUGACCUACGGCAGCUGGAUGCUGGGGACCUUCAUCUGCAAGCUGGUACGGUACGUGCAGUACCUCACCCCUGCGGUCCAGAUCAACGUGCUCCUCUGGAUAAGCAUCGAUCGCUUCUACACUAUCAUCUACCCCCUGAGCUUCAAAGUCUCCAGGGAGAAAGCCAAGAAGAUGAUUCUGGCCUCUUGGCUCCUGGGCGCGGCAUUUGCAGCACCAGCUUUCGCCUUCUACGGCUCCAGCAGCGACCACCACUGCCCCUUUUUCCCACCCGGUUCUUGGCAAGGAGCUGCCUAUGGCAUCACCCACCUCCUGGUGGUCUUUCUAAUCCCAUCCUUCCUCAUUAUCCUCUUCUACCAGAAGGUCAUCAAGUACAUUUGGAGAAUAGGCACCGAUGGCAGGACUGUCAGGAGGACAACAAAUAUUGUCCCGAGAGCAAAAGUGAAAACCAUCAAGAUGUUCCUAAUGUUAAACACGGUGUUUCUCCUGUCCUGGCUCCCUUUCUACGUCCUACAGCUGUGGCACCCGAAAGAAACAGACGGCAGCAAGAGCUCCUUGGUCUUCCUGGCCAUCGCCUGGCUCUCUUUCAGCUCUUCAGCCGCCAAGCCAACGCUCUACACCAUCUACAAUGCAAACUUCAGGAGAGGGAUGAAAGAAACUUUUUGCAUGUCUGCCAUGAAAUGCUACAGAAGCAAUGCCUACACCAUCACCACCAGUUCCAGGAUAGCCAAAAAAAAUCAUGUUGGCAUCGUGGACAUCCCAGCUCCAGCCAAAACUGUCACCAAAGAUUCCAUCUAUGAGGCUUUUAACAGAGAAGCAAAGGAAAAAAAGCUUGCCUGGCCUAUUCAGUCCAAUCCCCCAAAUACGUUUGUCUAGUUGGUUUCAUUGCUUUGAAAAAUUGUUAUGUACUGCAAGAACAGGGAGUUUUCUCUCUCUUUUGAAGCAAUGUAUAUUCACAUAUUUUUAAGACCACUUUUAGG